ACCAACACACUCUACGGGCUCCACCUGAGCAUCGGAGAUUUCGGCCCAGACAAGCGGGGCUUCCUGCCUCCUCUCUCAAAGCGAGAUCUGACCCUAAGGGCCUUGAUUUCUUCUAAGUGGAUCUGGGACACCUAUCUGCUGCUGUCUGCCGCGCACGACCUUCUGGCGGUCUUGUUCGUGUCAGUUCUGCAGUGGGACCGGUCAGACGAGUGGCCCGCGCUCUUUGGCAACAUCACCGAAGCCUACUCCCUCCGGCGAUUCUGGGGCGUGUUCUGGCAUCGGCUGCAUGUGCGCGUAUUUGACGCCUACAUGCCUAGCAUAGCUCUUCAAGCUAAGAUGGUGAGGCGGGCCAUCGUCUCACGGGCGCUUCGGGCGCUUUGGAUGUUCACUUUAUCCGCCAUCUGCCACGCAGUUUCGAACUGGGUCCUGACGAAAAGGUCCAACGCGACGCAUGAGCUUCGCUUCUUUCUCUCCAAUUACGUCGUAUGCUUGGCAGAGACCGUCCUG